ACACUCUCUCAGAAACCCACCAAGAACCUCUACCUCUGACACCAUGGUCAGCUCCUGUUGUGGCUCUGUCUGCUCUGAGGAGGGCUGUGGCCAAGGCUGCUGCCAGCCCAGCUGCUGCCAGACCACCUGCUGUAGGACCACCUGCUGCCGCCCUAGCUGCUGUGUGUCCAGCUGCUGCAGACCCCAGUGCUGCCAGUCUCUGUGCUGCCAGCCCACCUGCUGCCGCUGCUGCCAGCCCAGCUGCUGUCAGACCACCUGCUGUAGGACCACCUGCUGCCGCCCCAGCUGCUGUGUGUCCAGCUGCUGCAGGCCCCAGUGCUGCCAGUCUGUGUGCUGCCAGCCCACCUGCUGCCGCCCCAGCUGCUGCAGGCCCAGCUGCUGUGUGUCCAGCUGCUGUCGCCCUAGCUGCUGUGUGUCCAGCUGCUGCAGACCCCAGUGCUGCCAGUCUGUGUGCUGCCAGCCCACCUGCUGCCGCCCCACCUGCUGCAGGCCCAGCUGCUGCAUCUCCAGCUGCUGUCAACCCUCCUGUGGUAGCUCCAGCUGUUGUGGUUCCAGCUGCUGCCGCCCUUGCUGCCGCCCCUGCUGCCGCCCCUGCUGCUGUCUGAGACCAGUCUGUGGUCAGGUCUGCUGCCAAACCACUUGUUACCGCCCCACCUGUGUCAUCUCCACCUGCCCCCGCCCCAUGUGCUGUGCCAUCCCCUGCUGCUAA